GGCGGCCGGUGCCCACCAUCCUGCAGGUCUUCCUGGAGAAAGUGCGCCAGACCCCGCACAAGCCUUUCCUACUCUUCGGCGAGGAGACGCUCACCUACGCGCAGGUGGACCGGCGCAGCAACCAGGUGGCGCGGGUGCUGCACGACCACCUCGGCCUGCGCCAGGGAGACUCCGUGGCGAUCUUUAUGGGCAAUGAGCCGGCCUACGUGUGGCUGUGGCUGGGGCUGGCCAAGCUGGGCUGUGCCAUGGCGUGCCUCAACUGCAACAUUCGCGCGAAGUCCCUGUUGCACUGCUUCCAGUGCUGCGGGGCGAAGGUGCUGCUGGCCUCCCCAGAACUACAAGCAGCUAUUGAAGAAGUGCUACCAAGCCUGAAAAAAGAUAACGUGUCCAUCUAUUAUGUGAGCAGAACUUCCAACACAGAUGGGGUUGACUCUUUCCUGGACAAAGUGGAUGAAGUGUCAACUGAGCCUAUCCCAGAGUCUUGGAGGUCCGAAGUUACUUUUUCCACUCCUGCCUUAUACAUUUAUACUUCUGGGACUACAGGUCUUCCAAAAGCCGCAGUGAUCAAUCAUCAUCGCAUAUGGUAUGGAACCGGCCUCGCCUUGGCCUGUGGGGUUAAGGCGGAUGACAUCUUCUACACCGCCCUGCCCUUGUACCAUAGUGCCGCACUCAUGGUCGGCCUUCAUGGAUGUAUCCUGGCUGGUGCUACUCUUGUCUUGCGGACCAAAUUUUCAGCAAGCCAGUUUUGGGAUGACUGCAGAAAAUAUAAUGUCACUGUCAUUCAGUACAUUGGUGAACUGCUUCGGUAUUUAUGCAACUCACCUCAGAGACCCAAUGAUCGUGAUCAUAAAGUGAGACUGGCACUGGGCAAUGGCUUACGAGGAGAUGUGUGGAGAGAAUUUGUUAAGAGAUUUGGGGACAUUCACAUUUAUGAGUUCUAUGCCGCCACUGAAGGCAACAUCGGAUUUAUGAAUUACACGAGAAAGAUUGGUGCUAUUGGAAGAGUAAACUACCUACAGAGAAAAGUCAUAACUUAUGAGCUGAUUAAAUACGAUGUGGAAAAAGAUGAACCUGUCCGCGAUGGAAAUGGAUAUUGCAUCAAAGUUCCCAAAGGUGAAGUUGGACUCCUAGUUUGCAGAAUCUCACAACUUACACCAUUUUCUGGCUAUGCUGGAGGAAAGACUCAGACGGAGAAGAAAAAGCUGAGAGACGUCUUUAAAAAAGGAGAUCUCUAUUUCAACAGUGGCGAUCUCUUAAUGAUCGACCAUGAAAAUUUCAUCUAUUUCCAUGACAGAGUUGGAGAUACAUUUCGGUGGAAAGGGGAAAACGUGGCCACCACCGAAGUCGCUGACAUCGUAGGCCUGGUUGAUUUCAUCCAGGAGGUGAAUGUUUAUGGAGUGCCUGUGCCAGGUCAUGAGGGUCGGAUUGGCAUGGCCUCAAUCAAGAUGAAAGAAAAUCAUGAAUUUGAUGGGAAGAAACUCUUUCAGCACAUUGCUGAUUACCUGCCUGGUUAUGCAAGGCCUCGGUUUCUAAGAAUACAGGACUCCAUUGAGAUCACUGGAACGUUUAAACACCGCAAAGUGAACCUCAUGGAGGAGGGCUUUAACCCAGCAGUCAUCAAAGACGCCUUGUAUUUCUUAGACGACACAGCAAAAAUGUACGUGCCUAUGACGGAGGACAUUUAUAAUGCCAUAAGAGAUAAAACUCUGAAACUCUGAGUACUUCCAGGAGGAAAACUGGUAAUAUUUUCAGAACGACCCUGAAUGGACCUAGUACAGCCACUUGAUAUAAUCCAACUUUAAUUUGAUUGAAAAUCAUGAGGUGCAUUUUUCUAGGAAAUUAUGCAUACCAAUAAGUAUGCAUACCAAUUUGUUUUAAUUACACCUGAACCUUUGCAAGUGAAAAGAUUUAGAGAUAAUUACUUUUCAAUGUGCACUUACUAUUUGCAUUUGCAAACCGAGCUUAUUGGAGGGAGGAAGUUAUUUUUUUAAAUAUGUAAUAAAAUAGAUGAAUACCCAUAUAUGA